UUGAGGGUGCGUAAUGGGUUAACAGCAAAAGGGCCUCGCCUCACCUUUCCGUGCGCGUCACCCGGCUCUGUAAAGUGGUCCCAGCAUCCCUUCAUCCACACAAGGAAGGGAAACCACCGCCUCUCGCCGCCACCAGACGCGCCUCCCCGCUCUGCUCUCAUCCCCCAGUCGGUCUCCAUCACCGCAAAACAGCCGGAGCCGAGGGAAAGGAAAACCGGAACCAUGAAGGACCGCAUGCAGGAACUUAGACAUGGAAAGGAGACGACAGAGGAAGAAGAUGAAGUCGCCGUGGGCAUGGAUAAAGGCUUUAUGGAUGAAUUCUUCGAACAGGUUGAAGAGAUACGCGGCUUCAUCGAGUCUCUGGCAGAGAAAGUUGAAGAGGUGAAGAGGAAGCACAGCGCCAUCCUCGCCUCACCCAACCCUGAUGAGAAGACUAAAGCCGAGCUUGAGGAUCUAAUGGCAGACAUCAAGAAGUUGGCAAACAAAGUACGCUCUAAAUUAAAGAGCAUCCAGCAAACCAUUGAGCAAGAGGAGGGGCAGAACAGGUCAUCAGCCGAUCUACGAAUACGUAAAACACAGCACUCGACGCUGUCUCGUAAGUUUGUCGAGGUCAUGUCAGAAUACAACACAACCCAGUCGGACUACAGGGAGCGCUGUAAGGGUCGCAUUCAGAGACAGCUUGAGAUCACUGGGAGAAACACAACAAAUGAGGAACUGGAGAGCAUGUUGGAGAGUGACAACCCAGCUAUCUUUACCUCUGGGAUAAUAAUGGACAACAUCACCCAGCAAGCGAUGAAUGAGAUUGAGACGCGACACAAUGAGAUUAUCAAGCUGGAAAACAGUAUCAGAGAGCUUCACGAUAUGUUCAUGGACAUGGCCAUGCUGGUGGAGAGCCAGGGCGGGCUUGUGCACAACAUUGAGCGCAGUGUUCUGGGAGCCCAGGAAUAUGUGGAGGAGGCAAAGGAGCGCAUCCCAAAAUGCAAAAAAUUCAAAAAGACCGGCAAACGGGGGGAAAUGAUAGACCGCAUAGAGUACAAUGUGGAGCACUCAGUAGACUAUGUGGAGAGGGCAGUAUCAGACACUAAGAAGGCGGUUAAAUACCAGAGUAAAGCCCGCAGGAAGAAAAUUAUGAUCAUAAUAUGUUGUGUGGUUCUGGGAGUUGUCAUUGCUUCUAUAGUUGGGGGGACACUGGCAUAA